UCGAAAAACUCCCCCAAAAACAAAACAAAACAAAACAAAAACCAGUAACAACAAAAGGUCAGAAGAAGUUCAGGAUUUGAGUAGAGGAGGGCUUCCUGGGUGGUAACAUAUAGGCUGGAAACUGGAAGACUUUCAAGGUAGAGAAAUUUGUUUUAGGUGAAGAAGUGUCUGUCAAAAGCGAAGAAAAGUGGAAAAUUCAGGUUGAGUGGAGAGCAGGUGACACUGUAAAUUAACUUUGACAGUGUGUCUAAAGCUGGAAAAAAAAGAGCAAUGCAGGAUUGUGGAGGGGUUUCUAUGUUUGAAAAGUUUUGGCUUUGAUUUGUAAGUUGAUAGGGUUAUUAAAAACAUAGGGACUGGGGCAAUGGCUAGUGGGCAUGAGUGACUGAAAGCAGGAGGACCUGGGUUCAAAUCUCCAGUACCCACACAAAAAGCUGGACAUGGUUGUAAGUUCCUGUAAUUCCAGUGUUGGGAGGUGGAACAGGAGGAUCCUACAAAUUUGGUGGCCAGCCAACCUAGCUAAGACCACAAGUUUCAGGUUCAGUGAGACAUCCAGUGGUGAGUGAUAAAGAUAUCUGAUGUCUUCUUCCUCUAGCCAUCACACGCAUGUGUGCACUCUUACACAUGUGCUCGCGCGCGCACACACACACGCACACUUCAAAACAGAACAAACCACCACAAAUGUUGUUUAGAGCCUGUCACUAAGGCUGUUACGAGAGCUGCUGAGUGUAAAGGGGUGAGGAUGGGAAACGGGAGAUGGGGAGUCUUGCUUGGCAUGGAAUGCAGUUGUAAUGAUCAGGGGAAUGAUCAAAGCCUGGGAAAGAGUUAAUGUGAAAGUGAGAACACAGAUGUGUAUAUGGGUUCUAGACACUGUUGAAGUGUGGUCAGGAACACUUGUUUGUAUUUGCAGUGCUAAUGUGGGAAGUGGAGGGGUAACACUAUUCACUUUAAGUCACUAUGAUGUUUGCUCACCCUCUACCAGAACUUAUGACUGCCUCUUCCUCCUGCCUCUCCGUUUCUGUUUAGUCUUCACAGUGAGACUUCAAAAGCAAGCAUGCUUGGAGCUAACCUCACCAUCAUCCACCCGACUGUGUUCAUCCUACUUGGAAUCCCAGGACUGGAGGAAUAUCACAUCUGGCUUUCUAUCCCUUUUUGUCUCAUGUACAUCACUGCAGUCUUGGGAAAUGGAGCCCUGAUCCUUGUUGUUCUGAGUGAACACACCCUCCAUGAGCCCAUGUAUGUCUUUCUAUCCAUGCUAGCUAGCACCGACAUUCUCCUGUCAACCACCACUGUGCCCAAGGCCUUGGCUAUCUUCUGGUUCCAUGCUGGGGAGAUCCUCUUUGAUGCCUGCAUUACUCAGAUGUUUUUCAUUCAUGUUGCUUUUGUGGCCGAAUCAGGAAUCCUGCUGGCCAUGGCAUUUGACCGCUAUGUGGCUAUUUGUACUCCUCUGAGAUACUCAGCCAUCUUAACUCCCAUGGCAAUUGGAAAAAUGACCCUGGCCAUCUGGGGACGGAGCAUUGGGACCAUUUUCCCUAUCAUAUUCCUGCUGAAGAGGCUGUCAUACUGCAGGACCAAUAUCAUCCCACACUCAUACUGUGAGCAUAUUGGUGUAGCCAGGUUGGCCUGUGCUGACAUCACUGUCAAUAUCUGGUAUGGCUUCUCAGUGCCAAUGGCUUCAGUUUUGGUAGAUGUUGCACUCAUUGGUAUUUCUUAUACUUUGAUCCUCCAGGCUGUGUUUAGACUUCCUUCCCAGGAUGCCCGGCACAAAGCUCUCAACACCUGUGGCUCUCACAUUGGAGUAAUUCUCCUCUUCUUCAUACCAUCAUUUUUCACUUUCCUUACCCACCGCUUUGGCAAGAACAUCCCCCACCACGUACACAUUCUUCUGGCAAAUCUCUAUGUGUUAGUUCCUCCCAUGCUUAACCCUAUCAUCUAUGGUGCAAAGACCAAGCAAAUUAGGGACAGCAUGACUCACAUGUUGUCUGUUGUGUGGAAGUCUUGAGAGCGGUCACAGUUCUCAAUGCUCUCUUACCAACAUGAGAAAGAGAACUUGCUGGUGAGUUCCCACAUUCAGGCACUGUAUUAUAUGCAGCAGAAAGCAAAUGGGUUCUAGAAUAAAGUAUAUGUGGAUUUAAAUCCAGGUUCUAUUAUGGUCUGAUUGUGAGCCAUGGGGAGUUCAUACUUUAGAAAUUUAAUCUUAACCCAUAAAAUAAAAACCUCUUCUACUUACAUUCUAAGCUUAUUGUGAGGAUUGAAUUGAGUAUAUGAACCACUUGAUAUGAUGCCUGGUGUUACAUGGAUGCUUAGUAACUGUACUUUUAAUUUAAAGUAUGUUGACUGAAAAAUAUAUUUUCAAUUUUAUUUUUGUGAGAUUCCUAGUGUGUCCAGAGGCCUCUCUUUCCUCCCAUGCUUGCCCGUUCAGACUGCAUCAUGAGCAUUGUAUUCUCCAGCAUCGUGGCUGUCAGCGCUACACAGCUGCAGUAAAUAUAAAGUUAGGUGAAAAUAUCACAGAGUGCCUUGAAAAACACCAAUGUGUUUAAAUAUGUUAAGGGUGGAGUUGAUUGUAUUUACAUGUAAGGGAAUUUGAUCAUUAUUUAUAUGCAAUAAUUCUUUUUCAUUUAG